UUGUGGCUCUUAAAGCAUCGGACGUGUACAUUGAAUAUCGGCGAUCGGUGGCGUAUCGUACAUUCGCAUUUUUUUCUUUGCACCGUUGGCUGCAUUCCGUAACGAAGUCGUGAAGAAAAAAAAUUAUAAACAAGCGUGUUUUCCCAUCGCUGCACUCAAAUUGAACGGCUGCGACUCUAUCGUAUCUGUUGUUUCGCUUUUUUCUCAAGAAACAGAAUACAUAUUAGAGAGAUUGAAACCUUUUAGCUAAUAAAGCAUUUCAUCGGUAUUUUGGACGCUGCGAAAGCAGUGCCUACAUCCCAUCAGUAUUUUUUCUCAAAAAGACGUAUCGAACAUGUUGUAUGGUACCGAUUAUCAUUAGUGUCGUCAAUGUCUACCCCUCCCAACACCGCUUCGCUGUUCGACGACCCCUUAACCCAGUAUUAAUUAUGCUACCACUACACAAAGAUAACCUAGGAACAGCUUGAAAAACAACAGAAUACAUUUAAUGACUAGAAUAACCGCUGAAAAAAACAAAUAUGGAUUCAUAUACAAUAAUAAUGCUAAUAGGAUUGAUAUUUGCUAUUGGCUGGAUGCAAAUAGGUGCUGCCCAACACGAAGACAUACCUUACGAAAAUGUUGAAAAUAUAUGUAGCACCUGCGUAUGCUCAGAAAAGUCUGCAAACCCAAAAACUAACCAAAAAGCACAUCACAUGCUUAACUGCUCCGCGAAGAGAUUUAAGCACAUCCUGGCACGAUGGCCAAACGAGUUUGGUAGAUCACAAAAAGACACGACCAUUGUUGCCAGUUUUUCGGGCAACACAAUCGAACUACUGCAGCAGUUACCGGCUACCAAUGCCACUCUCAGUUUUGCAUGUCGCCAUUGUGGUAUAAAGUACUUACAAUCUCCUACAUUUAUGGAUGUUCCGAAUAUAGUGGCGCUUGAUUUGGCGUACAACACCAUCACAGCCGAAGAAUUAAUACCAGACGUGUUCAGAGGACCCUAUCACCUCAACAGUUAUGAGUCGAUAGCAUUGAUUGAGUUGGACUUGAGUCACAAUCACUUGCAGUCUUUGGAUAGGCAUCUAUUUCAGCAUACGCCCAAUUUGACAAUACUCAAUUUGGGCCACAACAACUUCAAGACUUUGGACACACCCACCACGGCGGCGUUGUCAUCUGCAAUUCGACUUCAGAAUCUGGAUCUUUCUUAUACUGACAUAAAUACAAUACCUCCGGCAAUAUUUGAAAAACUUAUCUCUUUAAAAACUCUAAAUCUGGCGGGAAAUAAGUUUGUACACUUACCCAGUAAUUUUCGUAUGAUUGGAAAAACCCUAGACUCUUUGAAUUUGGCUGGAAACAUGUUCUCCGGCUUUGAGGAUAAAACUUUCAUGGGACUUGAAAAGCUGACACAUCUCAAUAUUAGUGGGAUGGCCCCAUUGAAAGGCAUACCGAACAAUACAUUCUCACACCUGAAACACCUUACAAAUUUAGAUUGUUCCCAUAAUCCCAAUAUGGAAAAAUUCGACCUCAAUGGUUUGAUGCAGUCUUUGAAUCUAACAUACUUGGACAUAUCCCAUUGUCACCUAUCAUCGUUAACGUUAAACAUCGAUCUUUCAAUAGUAUUAAACAACACCAACGUCACCUGGCCUAACCCUUGGCCUAUGUUGAAAACCUUUAAAAUAGAAGGUAAUGCAUGGAUGUGUAACUGCGACCUCUUGAAAACUUUAGAAUAUGCUGGGUCUCACCAUAUGGUCGAAGGUGACCUGACACGCUGUGAUACGCCUUAUAUCCUUUCUGGUGCUAAAUUAUCAAAUUUAACUGCCUCUCAAGUGUGUUCCAUGCAAAUACCCGUCAAAUAUCAAGUUAUCGACGAAGAUCCUCCACGAUUUCGCCGCAAGCGCUAUGUAAUUUUAACGGUUAUCACUGCCUCUGUCGUUGUGGUACUGGGCCUUAUGAUCGGGUUAAUUGUUGUUUGCAUACGGAGGCGUUUAAAGCGCGACGACUUUGGUGUAGAGCCCAUACGUUAUACCAGCGUCAGAAGUAGCAAUUUAUCAGCUUUCUCACAUGGCCACACCAAUGGCGCUGCCGUCAAUGGCGGAGGCAGGAGUGUAACUUCUCCCGCAGUAUGAAGUACAACAAAAUGAAAAAGUAUUUUUUUUGCGUGCAAAAUUUUCCUAAUUAGAUAUUAAGUCUGAUUUUAAAAUUUAUUUUUUAGUUAAUUGUAUUAAGCUUUAGCUAUACAUUUUGUAGAUAUUGGUAUAAGUUAUAAAAAGUAUAAGAUUUUUAACCAAAGAUUGCUUUUUAAUGAUAAUGCGUACCGCCUUUAUAUAUAAAUGUAUUUUUAUAACUUUCAUAAAAGCAAAACUAUAUUCACCAGUACAUUGCCAUUGCCACAUUUUGUUAUUUAAAAACAGUCAUGACGAAAAGUUAGACGAAUUUUUGCCAUUUUCGAAAAUAAAAAUAAAUUUGUGAAAAUUACUUAAA